CAAACGUCUUUGAAAGUAUAAUCACACGUAGUUUAGUAAAUACGAGAACAAUUUAUAGUAUGUGUGCACAAAGUAAAAGGAUUGUAAAGUUGGACUGACAUUUUUUUUAACGAGUAACCCUGAAAUUAAAUGUUUCGAACUCUUUUAUUUUGAAGAUAGAAAGAGUGUAUACUUCCUCGUAUAUCAGAAACAUGCCAACCAUCACAGAGGUGGCAGAUGCUAAUGCCCUAAAAGAAGAAGGGAAUAAAUUUUUCAAGGAGGGGAAAAUAGCUGAAGCAUUGGAUGCCUACACCCGGGCUUUAGGUGUUAUUGAUAUCAAAGAUGGAGAGAAGGCUGUGAUUCUAAAGAACAGGGCUGCAUGUUAUCUAAAGGAAGAGGACUAUCAGGCAGUCAUCAAUGACUGUACAGCAGCAUUGGAAGUAACCCCCAGUGAUCCAAAGGCUUUAUACAGGAGAUGUCAGGCUUAUGAACAACUCGGGAAAGUGGAAGAGGCAUACAAGGAUGCAGCAGCCCUAAUUAAAGCAGAUCCCAAAAACACAGCAGUCCAACCAAUCCUUAAGAGGCUAAACCCCAUCAUACAAGAAAAGGUUAAACAACAGAACAGCACCUCAGCCAAAGUUAAACAAAUGUUUGAGUUGGUAACAAACUCAAAAACGGAUAAAGAACAAAGGUUACAGGCUUGCAACAAUCUGAUAGUGUUGGCUCGAGAGGAAGCAGGGGCUAAAAGUAUUUGUGAGCUGUCUGGAGUAGACAACCUUCUGAAGCUUCUACAGGAGAAGGAUGUAGAAUUCAACCAGGCAGCCAUUAGGUGCCUAUCAUGUCUGACAAUGGAUAGCCAAGAAAGGAGUUACCUGGUUCAGGAAAAAAUGGGUCUUCAGAAAAUGUUGGCGUUUAUGUCUGUGAAGGAUGAAGGACUGUGCACUUCUACAGCUUUAUUGGUCCAGAACCUGAUUACCAAUAUCUCCGGCCUCCCAGAAUAUAGAAAACUACUACAGCAUUACCAAGAUGAACGCAAGCAAGGAAAUCCAUGCAGAUAUCCCAAGUUUGAAAUGGAUGAGCGACAGACAGAGUUCAUUGACAGUGUGUUUAAAGGCCUUGUGAAGAUGUUACAGAGUAAUAAAGUGUCUGGAUUUGGUAGGGAUUCUGCCAUGGAGCUAAUCAUCAAAAACAUGUUACGGACUGAUGGUGUUCAGUGGACCAGAAAGUUUCUAGACACAGAUGGUAUUGAAGGUCUGUUAACCAUUGCAUCAGCCAUUCCUCAGCAUGAAACCUGUACCAUAGAGAUCACAGAGAAUUCAAAGUAUCAUGCCUCUGUAGCAUUAGCUAAGAUUUAUGAUGACCUAGGUAGUGACAAGGAGCGGGAUAUGUUUAGGGACCAGUGUAGUGCCUUCUUCAAAGAUUUGUUUGGAGAUUCUCUAUUUGAAUCCAAAGUAGAAGCCAUUAAAUGUAUCUCAUCACUACUCCAAGGUCCGUAUGAAGUUGGGAACAUCAUUUUAGGCUUUGAUGGAGUCACCCAGAUCAUGCUUACCUUGGCUAACAGUGAUAAUCCAAUGCAUCAGCAAGUAGCUGUUGAGGCCAUAGUCCACUCAGCAUCUAAAAAGGACAAAUGCGCUGGCUUACUUAAUGAUGCUGUACCAGUAUUAAAGAAACUGUAUCAGGAAUCAACUGAUGCCGUUAAAGUCCGCGCUCUUGUGGGUUUAUGUAAGUUGGGAUCAUUUGGAGGUUCUGAUGCCAGUCACAGACCCAUGCAGGAUGGCUCUACCCUGGCUUUGGCCAAAGCUUGUAGAAAAUUUCUGAAUGAUCCGAACAAGAGCAUUGACCUUCGACGUUGGGGUACUGAGGGACUGGCGUAUUUAACACUAGAUGCCGAGGUUAAAGAAGAAUUGAUCAAUGACACAGCUGCUCUUAAAUCUCUCAUUGAUGUUGUCGCUAAAGCAGACAAGAAUAUCCUGUACCCAGCAGCCUCUGUGUUUGUGAAUCUCACCAACAGUUAUGAGAAACCUGACAUUCAGCCCGAGAUGAUAGAGCUGGCUAAGUACUCCAAACAACAUGUACCAGAGGAACAUCAAAAGGACAAGCCAGAGUUUGUUAAACAGAGGGUCCAUAAAUUGGCCAAAGCUGGUGUUGUAUCGGCCUUGGUUGCCAUAGCAAGUACAGAUAGCCCCAAUACGAGAGAACAAAUUUCCAGAGUGUACAAUGCUAUCACAGUGGAAGAAGAUCUGAGGGGCAUUGUUGUACAGCAAGGUGGAGCUAAGUCCCUGGUUGAUUUGGCCACUAAAAAUAACACAGAUGCAGGAAAGAUUCUGGCGUCCUGGUCCCUUGCUAGGAUCACCAUCACUGCUAAUCCUGAGACCACAUUUCCUGGACAGAGGAUUUAUGAGGUAGUCCGUCCUUUGAUAAGUUUGCUCCACCCUGAUAGAAUGGCACUACAGAACUUUGAAGCUUUAAUGGCACUGACAAAUCUGACCUCUCUGAAUGAUUCUCUCAGGAAGAGGAUAGU